UGGUUUAUUUGUGGAUGAUUUAUCUACCGAUUCUUCACUGAGCAUUUGCGUUCACUUUCCGUAUCUCUCGCGAUCCAGUUGAAGACGACAUAACUGUAAGGAAGACCUGCAUCCUCAUUUUCUACACCAACAACAAACACUCUACUUAAACUCAAUGGACAAAGAAUGGAUGAGAUUUCCAAGAGAAAGCCCAGAGUACAUGAAGGGCGUAUUCUUUUUUCUUAAUUAUGCUUAUAACAAAGGAAAACCUGAAGGACUGGAGAUUUUGUGCCCUUGCGCUCAAUGCCACAAUGCUUCUUGGAAAACAGGAGCAGUCGUAUUUGAUCAUUUAAUAGGAAAUGGAUUUGAGAAAGGCUACAAUGUUUGGGAUCGCCAUGGUGAGGGGUUAAGUCCCAUGGAUAUUGAUGGUGAUACAGAUUCUGAAGAGGAUGAACUAGAUAACAUUGAUGAACUAUUGAAUGACAGAUUUAGAGAUGUGAUACAAGAGGAGUGUGGAGUUAACAAUGGUCUUAGUGAUGAUGCUAAAAAGUUUUAUAAUCUGAUUGAAGAAGCAAGCCAAGAGUUGUACCCAGGAUGCAAAAAUUUCUCUACAUUAUCUUUCACUAUUCGUCUGUACUUGUUGAAGUGUCUUCAUGGUUGGAGCAAUGCAUCCUUUACUUCUCUGUUAGAGUUGUUGAAAGAAGCUAUGCCUUUAUUAAAUGUUCCUGAUUCAUAUAAUAAAACUAGAGGAAUGAUAAGAGAUUUGGGACUUGAUUAUAGUAAGAUUGACGCAUGUCCUAAUGAUUGUAUGCUAUAUUGGAAAGAUCAUAAUAAUGACAUAUCAUGCCAUGUUUGUGGUGCUUCACGGUGGAUUGAAAGUGCUACAGAAAGUGGUCAGACUGAGGAAAACAAGAAAGAACACAAAGUCUCUGCAAAAAUAUUAAGACAUUUUCCUUUGAUUCCUAGACUGCAAAGGUUGUUUAUGUGUUCAGAGACAGCCACUUCAUUAAGGUGGCAUCAUGAUGAUCGUUCCAAAGAUGGGAAAUUAAGGCAUCCUGCUGAUGGUCAAGCAUGGAAAGACUUCAAUGGUCAUCAUCCUGAAUUUGCUCGUGAUUCACGUAACAUACGACUUGGAUUGGCUAGUGAUGGAUUCAAUCCAUUUAGAGCAAUGAAUUUGAAAUAUAGUGCAUGGCCUGUUAUACUGAUUCCUUAUAAUUUCCCACCAUGGUUGUGUAUGAAGACUGAGUAUUCUAUGUUAUCUUUACUAAUAUCUGGGCGAGAUUCACCUGGAAAUAACAUUGAUGUGUACCUCCAACCAUUAAUUGAAGAGUUAAAGGUAUUGUGGAAUUUAGGUGUAGAGACAUAUGAUGCUUCAACAGAUCAAACUUUUCAAACUAUUCAUAACAAAAUUGAUUAA